AUGGCCACUCUUUCUUCCGACCUUAUCUGGGAAGUCGUCAAGCAGCAGGGUAGCUCUUCCCUUGUGAAGAGGACACAGGCUGGUGGUGUUUCCUUCUCGCGCGACCCGCUCAACCUGAGGAACUCGUUCCAGCGCAAGUAUGAGGGUCUUGUAGACGACAGGGCCAUCGGUGUCCAGCCCGGAGAGGAGGGUGGCAUCGUUCUCCUGACCAAGAAGAACGGCAAGGGUCACCAGCCCGCCUCGCACAUCCAGCAGUCCGCCAUCGGCUCCAGCCGGGGUACCCGCAAGACCUACACCGCCAUUGUCAACUCGACCGCCAACCGCAACUACCGCACCGACCUCCGCAAGGACGCUGUCGCCCGCGCCUCCGCCAUCCGCAAGUCGCAGAAGCCCGUCAAGGAGAGCAAGCCCGCUAAGGUCAGGGGUGCUAAGGCCCGCGCUGCUGCCGCGUCAGCAUAG